CCAAGAGACCAGUAUAGGAGACCGGCUCGAGGAAGAAUGAGCGAUCGGAGUCCGGGCGCUGUCUUCGUCGCUUCCCCCACUCCGCGUACACAAUUGUAGGCAAUUUUCAGUACUUUUAAAUAUUCUUGGCCAGGUUUUCUGAUUUCCGACUGUUAAUAUCCACGAGAAAAUCAAAUUUUACUACUUAUUUAAUGACAUUUUAAUGAAAUUAAAAACAAAUUGCGGAACAAAAUGGAGCAAAUUGGGAUCAAUUAAUUCAUUAAGAAAAUGAUAUGAAAGGCUGCUUAGUUAUUUUGAGGAGCAAUAAAUAAAAUGUUUUUAUGUUUUUAUUAUUAUUUUUUAAUCAUUGUUUAAGGAACAUGAUGGCAGUUAGGAAAACAUAAGGAGAAUUUAAGAAGCAAUUUUUUAGGCAUUAUGGACAUACGUAUAAGUUUUAUCUUUCGACGCUAACUUCCCGACGGUUAGACGUGCUUAUUAAUAUAGAAUCUAUAGAAUUUGAAUGGUUUUGUGCAGACAAUGGUGUUCGUAACACCCAUGCUGGUGUAAUAUCGUAACCCAUAAGAUGGCCAUUCUACUAAACUCGAUAUAAGAAAUAGUGUUUUAUGUAUCAUUAGUCGGUAAGAAAGUGUUAGGGUUAAAUGGAACAAUGAUCGCCAAGGCCAUCUUUUGCACAUUCUGUACAUUGCUAAUGAACAAACGUUGCUGCAAUAAGCAGUGUGUCGUCGAAGUACGUCGGAUUGUUUGCUAAUGUAAUGGACAUAGUAUAACGCACGUACAUAUUUCCUAUUUCAACUGGACUCCGGUGGAAACGUGGUCAGUAUUAGUGACUUCCGAAAAGUUUUAUGGAAUAUUAAGAGGAUAAAGAAGACGGAGCUACGUGAAGCAUUAGCAAUACUACCUAUUUUAUUAAUUCCUGGAGCACCCACCUCUGUUCUACAGGGUUUAACUCUACGCGAAAUAAGGUUAGAUUACUAUUUCUUCGGCCUCUUGAUUUGACAAUUGUUUGAGAUUGUAAGAAUUUUUUGAGAGAAACGAAAUAGUGUAUUAGGCUCAUUGCACUAACUGCUCUAGUAUGGUAAAGUUAUAGCUAUAGUAAAAAGUAACUAUAAAAAUUGUCAGAUCAGGAGGCCAGAGAAAAUCGUAAUGUAUCCGUUCGAAAUGUCAUUCGGACGUAGAGGAGGAAAAUAAAUUCGACAUUCAUCCGAUAAAGGAAGAAAUAACUAGCACAAGGGAUCGAUGUACUUACGUAAAAAUUAUCAUAAAUUUCAACUGAACUCUUAGAGCUACCAGAGUGCUUAGCUAUUCGUUGGUAAUAUUAAUUGAUGAUUAAAUCAAUGUUGUCGGUUGUCCGGGGGCGUCUCGAUAUUCACGAAAUACGUACGCGUGACAUCUGUUUCGACUGAUUUCCUCCUUUCUACUCCUUUCUUCUUCUUUCUUCCCUUUUCUCCCAUUUCCGGCGUAGAAGAGCAGCAUCGGGGCGCCUGCGUAACAGCCUCGGUUUCGAUGUCGCCGACACCCCGUAGUCGAAUUCAGUCCAACUGGAGAACUCAUACUGGUUGUAGGCUCUCAUUUUGUCUGACUUUGCAUUAAUAAAGCGAGUGUCAAUAGAAUUGCGAGUAGUUUAAACUUGACGUUUAAGUUGAGAAAAUGUAGUCGUCUCAUUCUCGUGAAACAGUUCAGAUCGUGACACUUCGCUCGAUGGCCUUCUUGGAAUAUUCGAUAUUUUUUCAAAACUAAGUGAAGAUCUUGUACGUACUGCUACGUCUGCAGGAUGUCUCCUUAUCAAAGGACUGACUCGUUCUUCGCGUAAAAGAAGAAAUGUUGUCGACUUGAGUGGGUCCAGUGAGACGUUAUAGUGUCAUGGGAUGCUAACUUCCAGGAAGAACAUUCCCCAGCAAGUGUUGGUGUAAAUUGGGGAAAUCCGGUGGCAGCCCCCCACGAGUGCAACAUCACAGCGAGAUAGAUUCCUACGUUUGAGAAGAUGAAAGUUCACAAGGACUUGGGAGUCAGCUUUGUCUGCACCGUGUGCAGCUUUGCUCUCUGGGCUGGAUCUGCGAUCUCCACGGAGACGUCGAGUCAGCUGCCAGUGAAUAAAGGUGCGGCUAGGCAAAUGUAUGGCAGCGGAAGUCUUCGACAGACUGGUAGCGGUCCACUAAUUUUCGGAACGACAACUACUCCCCUUCGCAGGAGCAAAGAUAGAGAGAAAAAUCGUAACAACGUUCGUCAGGAGGAAAAACAUGGAGAAUCGGACGAUCAAAGCGCUAGCUAUGGCGGAUAUCCGUACGAAGGUCAUGGAGGCUAUGGAUAUGGUGGCCCUGGUGGUAGGACUCACGUAGCCCCAAAGACUAAUUCCCAGUUACCUCCAGGAUUUUACGUGAAUCACAGAAUCCCUGUGCCAGAUUAUGAUCUCCCCAGCGACGUAGCCAUUUAUCGAAACGGCGCUCCUGUCAACGGAAUGCGUAUUCCUCUGGGAAAUGGUGGGCUCUAUGGACAAGGUCAAUCGCCUGGGACACGUAGAGGACUGGACAGGGGUCGAGGAAGGGGUGGUCUCUAUGGGGGAUACGAUUCCGGAGGACACAUUGGAACUGGCGGUCAGGAGCGCAUCAGACAGGACGGUCUUCAUCGAGGUCGAGGAAUCGGGCCGGAGGGCGAUCCCGACGACAAAUUUGGUCCCGAACAAAAGACUCUCAUUCAUGAACUAGAAGAUGAAACUGAUGCCAGGGAGGAAGUCCUCCUCUCCUGUGCCUGGGAAUGCGACCACGACCAAUUCCUCUGCGUCAGUUCCUGCACGUGCAUAAGCAUUGACAAGCGUUGCGACGGUCAGUACGACUGUGACACCACCGAGGAUGAACUUAACUGCGAGGAGACACUCGAAAUGCGAAAUUCCAAUGGCAGCUGUUACGGUGACAGAGACGUUCUCUGUCCGGAGUCAGGAAAGUGCAUCUCCAGAGAAUGGCUUUGCGACGGUGACAAUGAUUGCGGAGAUUACUCGGACGAGUCUCGUUGUGGUACACGAGUGAAUUGCACGGAGGAUCAGUUUGAAUGCAGAAAUGGACUUUGCGUUCAGCUCUCAUGGCUUUGCGACGGCGAAAACGACUGCAAGGACCGCUCGGACGAAGAGAACUGCGGUGAGAAGAAAGAAUGCUCGGAGCAUGAAUUCAAAUGUCCGGAUGGCAGUUGCAUCCUGAAAAAUUAUCAUUGCGAUGGCGAUCCCGAUUGCAGCGAUGGCGCAGACGAGCUCAAGUGCGAAGUUACGGAGGUUCAAUGCAGCGAGGAUGAAUUCAAAUGCGGUUAUCCAAGAUGUGUAAAGCACCAAUUUAGAUGCGACGGGGACGACGACUGCGGUGACUGGAGCGACGAGGACAACUGUCCCAGCAGAAAUGGCGCUAGUUGCGGUGCGAAUCAAUUUAGGUGCGCUAACGGCAACUGCAUAAGUGCAAAGUGGGUGUGCGACAACGAGACCGACUGUAGAGGUGGAACCGACGAGAUCAUGUGCGACUACCCGAGCCCAACGAAAGAUUGCUCGCCGCAGGAAGAGUUUACUUGUUCCACCGGCACUUGCGUCCCGCGUAUUUGGGUCUGCGACGGAGUUCCGGAUUGUUCGGACGGUGAGGACGAGCAAGGCUGCGCCGUCACUUGCGAAAUUACUCAAUAUCUUUGUAAACCACCGUCCGUUGGAAAUGAUUCCAUAACGUCGAGUCUGUCCCACGCUGUAACGCAUCAUCAUUAUCAUCGGUAUUGCAUUAGCACAAAACGCGUGUGCGAUGGUGUGCCAGAUUGUCCGGAGCAAGACGACGAGCUGAACUGUCCGAAAAAACGAAAGUGCGCUUCGGAUGACAGGUGCACGCAACAGUGCAUCCUCACUGCAGACAAUCGAAAUGGAUGCGCAUGUGAGCCUGGAUAUACGCUCGGAAAGGACAACGCGACCUGUCAAGACAUUAACGAGUGCGAAUUCGAGAGAGAUCCAGUGUGCAGUCAAGUGUGCAACAAUACUCCUGGCUCGUUCACAUGUGGCUGCAUGAAAGGAUAUGUGCUGCGACCGGACCUCAGGACGUGUAAGGCUCUUGGAGCCAAUCCCACACUUCUGUUUGCCAAUAGAGUCGACAUUAGACAGGUUAGCCUCAGUAAUUCGAAGCACACCUCGAUUAGGAAAGGACUUCACAAUGCGAUCGCGUUGGAUUAUCAUUACAAGCGCGGAACGAUAUACUGGUCGGACGUGUCUUUGGACGUUAUUCGUAAAGUCUAUGUAAAUGGAUCCGAUCCCGAAGACGUUGUUCGCUGGGGAUUGGAGAGUCCUGGUGGCGUAGCUAUCGACUGGAUUCAUGAUCUACUCUUUUGGACGGAUUCUGGCACGAGGAGGGUCGAAGUUAUUACUCUGGAUUCAAGGAUGAGACACGUGAUCGUCUCCAGCGAUCUGGAUAAGCCUCGAGCCAUUGCGGUGCAUCCCAAUUAUGGAUACGUUUAUUGGACAGAUUGGGGGCCCAAUCCAAAAAUCGAACGAGCAGACAUGGAUGGUUCCGGCCGGGUUGCACUUAUCACUGAUUCUGUAUACUGGCCGAAUGGUCUGACAAUCGACUAUACGGCGAAUCGCAUUUUCUGGGCCGACGCGAAGCAUCGCAUCAUAGAGUCGGCUCAUCUCGACGGGAAGGAUCGUAAGAAAGUUAUUAGCAGGGGGUUGCAUCAUCCAUUUGCCAUCACCGUCUUCGAGGACUCAAUUUAUUGGACCGACUGGCAUUUCAAGAGCAUCUCCUCGGCCAAUAAAGGAAACGGAAUGGGCUACAAGAUAAUUCAAUCCGGACUUCACUUUCCAAUGGACGUUCACAGCUAUCAUCCGCAACGGCAGCCAGAUUAUCCGAAUCAUUGCGGAAAGAACAAUGGAAAUUGUUCACACAUGUGCUUACCGAACAAUAAGGGCUACAGUUGCGUCUGUCCCGUGGGAUUAAAAAUUAAGCAGGACGGCAAGAGCUGCGCUGCAACGCCAGACAACCUUCUAAUUUUCGCGAGGAAAAAAGAUCUUCGACUCAGGCCGAUCGAUCAGUCGACCAGCGCGUUCGACGCAGUUAUUCCCGUCGAUCAUAUUCAAAGCGCAGUCGCACUUACCUGGGACGCGCAGGAUAACACCAUUUACUGGACCGAUGUCGAGACUGACACAAUUAGCAGAGCACAUUUAAAUGGAACUAAUCAGAGGGUGAUUAUCGGACACAAUUUGGAAUCUCCGGCCGGUCUCGCAAUGGAUUGGGUCACCAAGAAACUCUAUUGGACGGAUGCCGGAACCAAUAGAAUCGAGUGCUCGAAUCUCGACGGCACAAUGAGGACUCUGUUAGUCUUCAGGGGUCUUGAAAAACCGAGAGACAUUGUCGUCGAUCCUACAGCUGGAUUUAUGUAUUGGAGCGACUGGGGUGAAAGAGCGAAAAUCGAAAGGGCCGCAAUGGAUGGUUCUCAAAGAAAAGUCCUCAUUGGAGUCGAUUUAAUGUGGCCAAACGGGUUGGCAAUAGACUUUGCAAAGAAACGCCUGUAUUGGGCCGAUGGCGGCAUGAAGAAAAUUGAAUACUCCGAUUUAAACGGCCGAGAUAGAACCGUCCUCAUCCAUGAGAAUCUUCCCCAUCCCUUUGGCCUUGUUAUUCAUGAAAGUAAAAUCUAUUGGACCGACUGGAAUACCCUGAGUAUCCAUCAGGCCGACAAAGACACGGGACAAAACCGGACGGUCGUUCGCUCUGAUAUUUCUGGACUAAUGGACGUUCGCGUUUUUCACAGAAAUCGGCAGUCCGUCACUAGUCCUUGCAAUCUUAAUAAUGGAAAUUGUUCUCACAUGUGUCUACUGGCACCUGCACCGUACUAUUUCAAAUGCGCCUGUCCCACUGGUCUCCUUCUCGCUAACGACGGAAAAACCUGCCCCGAUAUGCCGAAUGCCUAUCUCCUGGUGGCGCAUCGUGUCGAUAUAAGAAUAAUAUCAUUCGACGUGAAUUACUCGGUUGACGUGGUCCUACCAAUUUCGCAUUUGACCAAUGCCAGUGGCGUAGACAUCAAUCGAAGAACGGGCGACGUGUAUUGGACCGACACUGCCGAGGAUGUCAUCAAGCGAGCAAGCUUCAAUGGGAAAAGCGUGGAAACCGUAAUUGACCAUGGAAUUGACACAGCAGACAGUCUAACUGUCGAUUCCAUCGGAAGGAAGCUAUACUGGACGGACGCGGGCUUGAAUAGCAUCGAGGUGUCUGAACUCGACGGUACUAAUCGAAAGGUUCUGAUCUGGUCCGGUCUGGACAAUCCUCGAGCCAUCGCCCUGCAUUAUCCUGCAGGGCUGAUGUUCUGGUCUGACUGGGGCCACAACGCUCGAAUCGAACGCGCCAAUAUGGACGGCGGGGAACGCACGACAGUGAUCGCUGACAAUCUGGUAUGGCCUAACGGGAUCUGCGUUGAUUUGACUGAGAAUAAACUCUAUUGGAAUGACGCGAAGCUUAAAGUCAUUGAAUAUUCGGAUCUCAAUGGAGAUAAGAGAAAGACGCUUCUUAGAAACGUUGACCACCCGUACGGGCUGGCCAUAAUGGGUGAGAAUAUUUAUUGGAGCGAUUGGCACGCCAAGGCCAUUCUACGGGCGAAUAAGGCGUCUGGGAGCGGCAGGGACGUAAUUGUUGAUAAGCUCGAAGGACUUAUGGACAUUCGUGCAGUGAGUAGCUCGUUCGAUAUGCACACGUCCAAAAAUGCCUGCGAGAAGAACAACGGUGGAUGUUCUCAUCUGUGUCUUCGCAAUCCCAAGGGAUAUUCCUGCGCCUGUCCCACAGGAAUAUUGAUAAACGAGGACAAGAAGAGCUGCAACAGUACGCCUACGAAUUUCUUAUUAUUCUCAACGCGUAGGUCGUUAGCAAGAAUUUCAUUCGACACCCCGGAGAUGUGGGAAGUGGCUGUGCCUCUCGAUCAAUAUCACAAUAUCAUCUCCAUAGAUUUUCACUUUGCCAAACAAUUAAUAUUUUACAUCGAUGUGAAUCUGCGUGAAAUCAGGAGCGUUAGUAUGCGCAAUCUUUCGGAUAUUAGGGUUAUCGUUGAAGCUUCAAAUUUCUCAGCGCCGUUUAGAUUGGCUGUUGACUGGCUGGCCAAUAAUAUUUAUUGGACUGAUCCAAAACACAAGAUCAUCUCGGUAGCGAGACUCAAUGGAUCCUCCCGUAAACGCAUAAUCGAGGGUGUCGAACCUAGAGCAUUGGCUCUUUUCCCUAAGGAAGGUUAUAUGUAUUGGUCAGAGUGGCAAGAUCAGCACGCGAAAAUCGAACGCGCCGCAUUAGAUGGAUCCCAGAGGAAAACGAUCGUAUCCACCGAUCUGUCAUAUCCAAACGGAUUGGCCAUUGAUUAUCAAAAUAAGAAAUUAUACUGGGCUGAUGCGCUCAAAGAUAAGAUUGAAGUAUCCGAUCUCCACGGGCACUUUAGGAUCCAGAUUGUUCCUGAAGCAAUUUAUCCCUUUGGUCUGGCCCAGUACGAGAAUCACAUAUAUUGGACGGACUGGCUUAAGCAAGUAGUCGAAAAGGCUGACAAAGCUACUGGUAAAAACAGAAUCCGAAUUCGCACGUCUCUCGGGAGUACCACAGAAAUAAAGGCAGUCUCUCCAAGAAGACAAAUUGGUUGGACACCCUGCGCAAUUGAUAAUGGUGGUUGCACUCACCUUUGUCUCUAUAGACGUCAGAGUUACAAGUGUGCCUGCCCAGACGAACCGGAUCUUGCCUGUAGCACAGUGGCCAGCAAGGAAGUCCCGCUUCGCAAACCUGGAACUGAAAACGAUCCAAAUUACGACGACGAGGAGACAAGAAUUUCGGAACUUACGACGCUUCCUACCAAUCGCUUUAACGAUAACAAGUUCAACGAUUGGAAUACAGUUUUAAACAAAUUCAAUACCGACGCAUCGUACAGUCUGAAGACAGUGGUGAUAACAUGCAUGGUUCUGGUGACGAUCACUCUGGCCAUCGUCGGCGGGAUAAUCUAUCUUCUCUGUCAGAGAAAGAGGAAACAAAAGCAGUACUUGUAUGCCGGACGACGCAACGUCUUAACUUUCUCGAACCCAAAUUACAACGCAUCGAGCGGUGACGUCGGCCCCUGCAAUGCACCGCAGGACAAGAAAUCUUUCAUCUGGAAACGGCUAAAAUACGACAAGUCUCAGGAGAGAGUGUACGAAGAUAAUGGGCAGAGUUCGAGCCCUGAGAUCGUUUCACUGAUACCCCCUUCAGCGACCCCGAGCAGCAGUCGGGCCACAUCGGUCACCCCGAGGGAGUCCUCGCCAGCCGUCAUUCACAGCUCAGUGAUUAAGAUCGCUUCUUAAACGCGACAUGGAUCUACCUCCAAUUAUACCGGUAGAAGGUAGAACUCACGCGAAGACGUGCAUGCACGGCUACUAGCUGGCGGCGAGACACACGGAUCAUCGAACGGCUGAACACUAGAUACCACUAGAUACCACUAGAUACCGACAAAUCUUGGAGUUCCAGUGUCCGAGUAUCAAGAGGAGCUUCGCUCCCUUGCGUUAACGGCUACUGUCGUCCCUGAACAAUUGGAAUACCAAUUACUCACUUUUUGUGUUUACAUGUGCCCAAAUAGAGAAGGAUGAAUGAGCGAGCAUGGAAAUCGAGGAAACGCGGGGGCGAAUGGGAGAACGAACAGUCGGGAGGAAGAGUGGAUGAGUUAAUGGGAGAGAAAAUUUCAGAAAGUGCAGCAGUUGAAAUAUAUAUAUAUAUAUAUAAUAUAUAUAUAUAUAUAUUAUGAUUGGAUAAGAAUAAGGAAAGACGUCUUGGCAGCUGCUUCGGUGAAUCGCUCGAUAUACGCGCAAUGCCAUCACAGCUUAUUUUAAAUAUUGGUGUCAUGUACAUUAUACACGAUGAAUUCCGUUGCGAGGACCGUCUCUGACGGCAAGAGAGGAGAGAAAGAGGAACGAAGAGUGGUUGCACAUGGUACAUAGAAACCAGGCGAGCCUGUCAACAUUUGCGCGUGCUGACGUUCCCAACAUUAUACAUGUAUAUGGGAGAAAGAACCGUGUAAAGGACAGCGUCAUUACAUGUUUUGCAUUACUUUAUCAGGUAGUGAACAAUUUCAAAAAUAGGCUCUCCCAUCGUCAUGUAUAUGUAGAAACUAUACUUACUCUAGUAAUGGAUAGAUGAAGCCGUUUUUAGGUCCUGUGAAGUGUACCGUAAACUCAACUGAUGAUGAAUAAAAUAUGACUCUGACUGUCAUCAAGUCAUAGUGAAGAGCGAACACGUGUGUGUGCGCGCGCGCGCGUGCCUAGUUAACAGUUAACAGUUAACAGUGUCGAAGGGAGAUAGACGAGGGAAUUGAGAAGGUCGAAUCUCGGGUAAGAAAUUGUGAUGUGAAAAGAAUGGGAUGCGAGAAUGCAUGAAUAUUCGUAGGCGUGCGGAUUCGUAUCGUAUUUUUGUACGAAGCUAUAUUUUUUCUACAAACUAUAUUUUUUUGGCUCAACGCGCGCGUUUGCGCAGCACCGGCUGCUGUGCUUCAUUUAUGUGUGUCCUCUGUGGCAAUGCGAGUCUGUACGCCAACGCACGCGCACAUGCAACAUGAUAAUGUACACGAGUGAAAUGUCAGGUCUAGAGGGCGCUUUUACUUUAGAAUCCAUAAGAGAGUGGCUCCUCAAAAACAGACAUUACUCGUCGUGGUACAUCGUGGUACGACGGACUAUUCAUAGGCGCUAUCUGCCGUUGUUGCAUGUAAGAAUAAAAAGAAAAAGUACGUAUCAGAGGGUCCCAGCAGGUCUAGGACGAUUCAGCACCCUCGCAACGCGAAUCGUUAUUCCCGAAAGCGUUAUCUCACGAUAAAAGGCAAGCAGCGAUAUAAUAGCGAAGGAGCGACAGAUAAUAGCUUUAACCACGUAUGAUAAUAUAUUAAUGACGAGAGAAAAAGAGGCAAGGAAGGAGAAAGUGUAAAAGUGCGACAAAAAUGAAAGAUGAAGAAUAUGUAUAGAUAGUAAUCUAAUCACGAAAUCUGUCUCUACAAGAUACCUUUAGUAUGUUUAGAACACUUGGCGCAUCUAGUUACGAUGACUAUAUGCCAUACAUAUGCGAUAUAUCAUAAUGUUCAUAAUUCAUACUAAUGAAUAUUAUUAUCGAUGAGGCGAACAAUUGGAUAUGGUUUAUCUGUUAUUGUCAUUCGGAAUAUUAUCGAUAUGCAUGCUAUGUAUAUUUAGGCUCAAAGAUUCUAUGUGAUAUAGAUGAGAUUCACGAUUGAACUAUCUUUUGACAAGUACGCCAAAAUCAGUACACUCUAGGCCGCCGAGGUACGUCCCAAGUCGACCUAUAAAUACUUCCUCUAACUUUGCGUCCUUCUUCUCAAAUCCCAGCUCCAGCUGGAAACUCGUGAAUUUCUUUUGAUUUACUUAUCUUGAGCGCAGCGAGUCACAAGGACACUCACAGAUGCCCAUAAUGUCGUCACUAUGGGUUGUUUAUCCGAAAUUCCUUUUCAAUCUGAGUUCAAUGAGUCCAGGAAACUAAAUCCAAAAGACAUUUAACAUCGUAAAUUGUAACUGCAGCGCAAAGACAAAGCAGAAGGAGAUCCGUUGCCAUCGAGCCGAUCUCACUCGCUUGGGGACUGUUCCAACAGAUAAUAAGUGCUUUUACGUGCAACCUACGUGACGUUCUUUUCACGAUACGCUGCUAUAAGACUCCCAUUGACAGUUCACAUCAGUUCACAUUUAUUUACACAUUCCUACAGUGCACCUUGUGAGGUUCAAGGCUCAGGUGAACCAAGCAAGACGCUCUGACCCUUAGAUAUCUCAAUUAAUUAUUAAUAUCGUGAUAGUGAAAAUUAGUCCUCACUGCAUCAUUAUCUUUAAAAAAAAAAAUUGAUUAACGGAAUAAUAAGCAUUGUGACAUAAUCUCGAGAAUUGUCCACGUGUUACAUGUUAGAUAUAUUUGGUAAAUUGACUAGACAUCUAAUUCAUCUAAAAUCUGUAAUGACUGGAUUAUGGAGGGGGGGAUUCAUUAGUUGGUGGGUCAAUUAUCACUUGGAGACUUAAGAUUGCCUUUCUUUAUCAGCCUCUAUUUUCCUCAUAUCUAGACACUUCUAACAAAUUAUUGGAAAAAUCAGGUUCAUUUUUCGAUUCCUCUCACAAUGUCCCAUAUCCUCUACUACUACUAAUACUACCACCACCACGAAUAAUACAACUACUGUGAAUCUUGAGUGUGCGUCCUGCGAUUUGCCCUAGGGUAUAAGAAUUUGUUAUUAAAUAUCUGAUACAACAUGAUACGAUCACGUCCAUCAUCCAACUGAUUUCUGGUGUCACCCGAGAACCCAAUAAUGACAAAAACAAAGCGAUAAAGAAGAGAUUUUUAAGGAAGUAAAACUGUGCCCACAAGGCCAAUUAUUUUUAAGUGAUCUCGUAUCGUACUUUUUGGUGCCAAAGCCAGUCUAUAAUAUAAAUGUGUAAAUAAAGAUAAUUUAUUGUAUGAAUUAUAUCGCAAUAGUUUAUAAGGGGUGAUAUAUUGUACUAUUUGUAUAGGAGUUGCAAUUAAUUUUAAAAGAUUGUUUAAAAUAUUUGUACGUCAUGUCGCCUCGCAUGACGUAGAAAUAAAAUAUUCUGUAUCUUA